AUGUCUUCCAAACCUGUGUUGCAAGAUCAGAUCAUACGAUUGCCCUUCAAGCAGUUGUUAAUUGCAUUCUUGGCUCUGGCUACUGGCCUAUUAGUGUCAUUCCUUGACCAAACGUCUAUAUCUGUGAUUCAGCCAGAAAUCGCUAACGCCCUCAACGCUCAGAAUACGGUUUCUUGGGCGGGAACUUCGCUCAUGAUCGGUCAGACCACCUUCCAGAUUCUUUCGGGACGACUCUCGGACAUCUUCAACCGGAAGAACCUGCUGCUGUUCAGCCUGUGCCUUUUGUGUCUUACCCAAUUAGCGACUUGUUUUUGCCGCACAGCCGUUCAGCUCUACGUUUUUCGGGGCUUCGCCGGAGUAGCCAACGGAGGUAUUACUUCUCUCACUAUGAUCUCUGUGAGUGACCUUGUUACUCUUCAGCAACGUGGAAAGUACCAGGGUAUCUUGGGAUCGUGUGUCGGGCUUGGAAAUGCUAUCGGACCUUUUGUGGCUAGUGGUUUUGCCAAGAAAGUCAGUUGGCAUGGAAAUUUCUAUUUCAUGUGUCCACUCACGGCGGUUGUGGUUGCCGUCGUGGCCUUCCUCGUUCCUGCUCCUCCUAAUUUUGAGGUCAACUGGUCCAAUUUCAAGAAAAUUGACUACUAUGGAUUCGUCACAAGUUCUAUUGGUAUCAUAUUAUUUUUGGUGGCUAUCUCUGGCGGUGGAAAUACCUAUGAAUGGAAUUCCCCCAUAGUGAUCAGUUUGCUCACCAUUGGAGGAGUCUUUUUGGCUGUGUUUGUUUUUACUCAAUGGAAGCUAUCGUCAUUGCCCAUGAUGCCUUUAAGAGUUUACAAAACGCCAUCAGUUGCGAUUAUGCUGGUGCAGAACUUUUUCUUUGGUAUGGUCUACUAUGCCAACAUUUAUUUUCUUCCGCUCUACUUCCAGCUGGUCCGUGGUUGGAGCCCUAUCAAAACCUCUUGCGUCCAAUUAUGUAUGGUGGUCACCCAGGCAGUCGUCAGUUCGUUGACUGGUCUUUUGAUUGGUCGCUUCCAACACUACAAUUUUGUGAUUAUUCCGGGCUUCGGAGUCUGGUUUCUUGCCCUAUGUCUACAAUAUGGAUUCUUCAGUCAGACAUUAGCUACAGUGGCCAUCUGUUUCAUCAUAUUCCCAAUGGGCUUGGGAGCCGGUGCUGUUUUCCAGCCCACAAUCAUUGCUCUUCAGGCCCACAGCCGGUUGGCUGAUAGAGCAGUUAUUAUUGCAACCAGAAAUUUCAAUAGAUCUGUUGGAGCAGCCGUCGGACUAGCUUCGUGCUCGGCAAUCAUGUCCAACAGCUUCCGAGCGAAGCUCCGCUCCUCCAACUUGGGUCUUAGUGCUGCUCAGAUUGAACAACUGAGUAAACAUGUUUUCGCAUUAGACUUGGAUCAAUAUCCUCCAGAAACGCAGUACAAGUUGCGGGCCAUAACUUUCCAUGGUAUCAAGCAAGUUUUCAUAUUUCACAUCCCACUUAUGGGCAUUUGUUUCCUGAUGUCGUUCCUCAUUCGCGAUAGAGGAUUAGGAGGGGUCGAAAAGAAACCCCAAAAAGACGAGGAAAAAGCAGACAUCAGCGAAGAUGAACCUGUUCACGAGCUGCACGAAGGGUCUGAUCUCGAUCAUCAAAUCAGCCAGACGUCCAUCACGACCCAAAAGCCUUCAGUCAACGCCGGAACGGUGUCCGUUGCAACGUCGAAUCACUAG